ACGCCGCGACGCUCGCGUCCGGUUGAAUGAAUAUUCGUGCUCAUCCGGAUCUUGCAUUGAUUCCGUCGCUCUGGUCAACGUGUUGUGAUCUGGGCAGUGUGCUGGAGGCGGUGGACUCGUUCCUGGGCGGCGCGCACUGCCUCGUGGUGCCGCUCCGGGAGCGCUGGCGGCGCGGCGAGCGGUGCCUGUGCUGGCUCACGGUGGAGGACGUGGCGCGCUUCUUCCUCAGCUCCAUCGGGCUCUUCUCCCCGACCGCCUCCCGCUCCGUCUCCGACCUCGGCGUCGUCCGCCCGGCCACCCUCACCGUCGCCGCCGGGGAUACCGCGCUCUCCGCCCUGCCGCUCCUUCGCGCUGCGAUGGCGUCGCACACCGCCGUGGCCGUCGUCCCGUCCCUGUUCCCCCGCCGCCGCCUCGUCGGCGAGAUCUCGCCGUCCGCUCUCUGCUCCUGCGGAGCGUCCGCGGCGGCGGCCAUCGCGGCGCUCCCGGCCGGGGACCUCCUGGGCUUCAUCGGCUGGGGCGGCGCCCCGCCCGAGGCCGCGCUCCACGCCGUCCGCUCCCGCCUCCGCCGGCGCAGCCUCCUCGGCAUGCUCGACCUGCUCUACGGCGUGGACCCCUCCUCGUCGUCGUCGUCCUCCGCGUCCUCCUCGUCGUCCUCUUCGUCCGACGACGACGACGACGAGAGGAGGAGCUGCGUAGCGUCGCCGUGCUCGAGGCGAGGCAAGCGCGGUUCGUUCUCGGGGGCGCGCGCCGCGGGGAGGCGGGCGGCGGAGGCGGCGAUCGUGUGCCGCAGGGGGAGCUCGCUGGUGGCGGUGAUGGUGCAGGCGACGGCGCACCGCUCGACGCACGUGUGGGUGGUGGAGGAACAGGAGGGGGAGGAGCGCGAGCUGGUGGGCGUCGUCGGCCUGCUCGACGUUCUGCGGGUGCUCAGGCACCACCUGCAGCAGCCGCCUCCCAUCUAGCGGCGAACCAGAUGAAUCAGGCGGGGGGUUUGUAGCAAUUCGCAAUCCAGAGUGUGCAUGGAUGGCAAUCUGCUGUUGAUCCGAGAGUGUAGAUCGUCUGCCAGUUGUUGCAGGUUUUGGUGGUAUUUUGUACGGUUUGGCCUGAAUUGGGGUUGGUGCCGAGCAACGAGGUUUGUCCCAUCCGAGACGACAGACGAGCAGAGGUUCCCCAGUUCCGAUGCAUUCAUCUCGCUAGGCCCUGGACCUGAACGUGUUCCCUUCGCCUCGUGCAAGUAUGGUUGGCUCCGGCAGCGCGAGGUGCGUCUUCACAUCCUAAACACUAA